GGAGCAGGGGUAUCUAUAACUCUGUUGUGGAUCCUUGAUUGGAUCCCAAUGGGACAUGAUUUUAAUUGUGUACACACUCCUUAACAGCUAAAAAAUUGACUGUUGUUUUUCCGCCAAUCUCUUUAUCUCUGAUUAGUAGCCUACCAAUGUGUGUCAGUUUAAUAGAGAUCGACGAACUUUCAGUUAAGAGCAAAACAAAUUUUCCGCCCAUUUCAAAUCUCAGAAAAUCAUCAACUUCAACAAAAAAUAAUUCUUCAUUGACAUAUCAAAUUAAAGUGAAAACGUAUGUUCGACGAGAUAACAAAAAAAGGACGUCUGAUCGACGGAGGUGCCAUAGACAUUCUCAUUCCACUGAUGGAAUGAAACGAAUAGACGUUUAUUUCUGUAUAGCGCAUCGAUUACCUCUUCAUGGACCCUGGGAGAGAAAUUCACGACGCUGUUGACGAAGGAUAUGUCGACGUAGACCUCGGUGAUUUAUCACACACCAUUUUCAGUCGAUCGGACGAGAAAAAUGAAAGCCGACGUUCAGCUUCUUCUGGCGGUUGGGUUCAAAAUCAGUCGGUUAAAAAUCUUGUUCCCGAAAAGAAUGACAACGGUGAAAGGACCAAGGAAACGAUGCCGUUGGAUCGUGCUGGCCUAUUCUCCUUCAUUACGUACAGUUGGCUGACAAAGUACAUGAAACGAGCUUACAAGCAGGGACUCAAAAGAAAGGACAUUCCUCUCUGCUCCACAAGAGACAGUUGCGAAAACGCAUCUCAAAGGCUUGGGCGUAUGUGGAAUGAGGAAGUAAAACGCCACGGACUUGAGGAUGCGUCUUUGAAACGGGUGACCUGGAAAUUCGUUCGAUCCCGCGUUCUGGUUAACAUCAUCCUGUACUUGACAUCCAUAGUAUUCGGAUUCAUAGGGCCGAUUUUCUUCAUGCGCCGGUUAGUGCAAUUUGUCCAGGAUAACAACAAAGUGUGGUGGCACGGCGCAAUCUUGGCGGCCGGAAUGGCCGGAUCUGAACUGAUGCGCGUCCUUCUCUUUGGCAUGUCGUGGGCCAUCGCCUACAGAACGGGUUCACGACUAAGAUCGGCCGUUAUGGCCCUUUUGUACAAGAAAGUGAUACGACUGUCUACCCUGGGCGACAAAUCCAUCGGUGAAAUGAUCAAUUUAUUUGCCAACGACGGGCAAAGGAUUUACGAAGUGGCCAGUUUUGGGCCAUUUAUCGUCGGCGAUCCAUUCGUGGCAGCCAUCGGUACCGGCUACACCAUUUGGCUAUUGGGGCCUCACGCCGCAUUGGGUAUGCUGGUCUUCGUCCUCUUUUAUCCAGUUCAGUACUUGGUUUCCAGAUUGACUGGAUACUUCCGUCGUCGAACUCUGAAAGCGACAGAUCAGCGCGUUCAGCUCAUGAACGAACUGCUCAUCUGCAUGAAACUGAUCAAGAUGUAUGCCUGGGAAAAGCCAUUUGCCAAGAGCAUUAAAAACAUCCGAGAGAAGGAGAAAAAAUAUCUGGAGGCCACGGCCUACGUUCAGUCCGCUAGUGUCGCUCUCACGCCCGUUGUGCCCAUCAUUGCAGUUAUCGUGACAUUCCUGGCCCAUAUUGGAUUUGGAUAUGACCUUUCACCUGCCGAAGGAUUUGCUGUGGUGGCGGUGAUGAUCUCGCGAGUUCGACCGUCGCUUAACGGUGCCCGCGAAGCUUUGAAAACUUGGGACGAAGCUAGAGUCAUCUGGCCGCGCAUCAAGAGCGUUUUGUCCAUGGAAGAAAUCCAGCCUUUUUCCGAGAAGCCCAUAGAUCGGAGCAUCGCACUGGCCAUUUAUAAUGGAACGUUUGUUUGGCACACUGCCGCCAAGAAGGCCAAAGCAAACAAAAUGAGUUUUUGGGAUCGCAUCUGCUGCUGUUGUCGCCACCCCGAUCCUGAGAAGGAAGUACUCACGACGGCAAUUCCGCCAAAACCGAUUCCUGUUCUCAUCAGCAUUAAUCUCAUCGUGCCUAAGGGCCGUUUGGUUGGCGUUUGCGGAACGGUGGGAUCCAGCAAAUCAUCGCUCAUUUCAGCCAUCCUCGGUCAAAUGAUUUUAGCGCAAGGGCGUGUCACGAUUGACGGCUCUUUCGCUUAUGUUUCGCAGCAAGCCUGGAUCAUCAAUUGCACCCUGAGAGACAACAUUCUCUUUGGCGAAACGUUUGACGUUGAAAGAUACAAUCGCGUUUUAACGGUAUGCGCUCUUGAUCAAGACAUUGGUAUCCUCCCUGCUGGCGAUCAGACGGAAAUUGGCGAACGAGGCAUCAAUCUUUCCGGCGGGCAAAGGCAGAGGGUCGCCAUGGCCCGGGCCAUUUACGCAAAUCGAGAUAUUUAUUUAUUGGAUGACCCUUUGAGCUCCGUCGACAGUCACGUCGGUAACCACAUUUUCAAUUACUGCAUCCGCGGUGCGCUUAAAGAUAAGACCGUCAUUUUUGUAACCCAUCAACUUCAGUACUUGAGCCAGUGCGACGAAGUCAUCUUUAUGGACCGUGGUCGGAUUUUGGAUCAGGGCCGGCACGUCGACUUGAUGAAGCAGAAUGAACGUUACGGAUCGCUGAUUCACGCGUUCCUGCACGAUGAGAACGAAAAGAACCUGAUUGAAAUCGACCCCGACGACGGCCAUAUCAUACCAGAAAAUCAUCCAUCUCAGAUUUCCCCAGAAACGGCCACCCGGAAGAGGAAACAAUUCGCAACGAAAAGGGAUUCUUCCGCCACGUCAAAGGAAUCAGUCCUUGCCAACCACUCCAUCGACGACGAACUCUGUCCCAGUGUGGAUAUUACCGUGGAUACUGGCGGCCGACUGGUUCAGGAUGAAAAGGUGGAAGUCGGCUCCAUCCCCAUGGAAACGUACAACACCUACAUCAAAGCAGCUGGCGGAUACCUUCUAGCGACUUUUGUUUUUUCCAUGUUUGUCAUCAAUGUGGUUGGCACUGCUAUGAGCUCGUGGUGGCUGGCUCACUGGCUCGAUGUGGGUGUCGUGAAUGCCAGUAGGAUUGUCGACAACCAAACGGAAUACUACCCGAGCGUCCGAGGCCAUCCGGACCUUCAUUACUAUGAAUUAGUUUAUGGCCUGUUUAUCUUAGUCAUUGUUCUAUCCAGCUUAUUGCGGAGUUUCUUCUUUAUCAAGGCAUCUUUACGCGCAUCAAAUUUGCUUCACAAUCGUCUACUCGUCAAAGUUUUCAACAGCCCGAUGAGUUUUUUCGAUUCCACUCCAGUCGGCCGGAUCCUUAACAUCUUUUCACGCGAUCUGGACGAAACCGAUUGCCGUUUACCUUCGUGCAACGAGGCCCUGACUCAGAACAUGCUGGUCGUGACAAUGUCGAUGGUUUUCAUAGCCAUGGUCGUUCCCUGGUUCCUGAUUGCUCUCUUCCUUCUGGCCAUCUUCUUCGUCCUCAUCAGCCGCGUCUUUCGCUGCGCUCUCCGCGAUCUCAAGCGGCUGGAGAACGUCUCACGGUCCCCAAUUUACAGUCACGUCACCGCUAGUAUCAGUGGAUUGAACACCAUUCACGCUUUCGGCAAAGAGAAAGAAUUUGUUUCCAAAUUUAUGGAUUUAUUUGACGAGAAUUCUUCGACUUUUUUCUUGUUCACGUGCAGUAUGCGCUGGCUGGCUGUGCGAUUGGAUUUCAUAGCAGUUUGCAUCAUGGGCAUUACGGGUGGACUUGUGGUGGGUCUCCGGGGCAUGAUUCCGCCAGCUUUCGCUGGUUUGGCAUUGGCUUAUGCGGGACAACUGACCGGAAUCCUACAAAACACCGUUAGAUGGGCCUCCGAAACGGAAUCACGCUUCACCUCCGUUCAACGGAUGCAAACUUCUCUUCAGACAUUAGAAAGCGAAGGACCUGCGGUCGUUCAAGAGCGUCGCCCGCCAAAAGAUUGGCCGCAAAGAGGUUCGAUCCUGUUUUCAAACGUCAAAAUGCGUUACCGCCCGAAUUUGCCGUUGGUUCUCAACGAUGUUUCCUUCCACAUUCGACCCAAAGAAAAAAUUGGUAUUGUGGGAAGAACAGGAUCAGGGAAAUCGUCGCUGGGCGUCGCCCUGUUUAGGCUGGUCGAUCUGGCUUCCGGUUUGAUUGAAAUCGAUGGAAUCAACAUCUCAGAAAUCGGUUUGGAAGAUCUGCGCUCAAAACUGUCCAUCAUCCCUCAAGAUCCGGUCCUUUUCAUCGGUACCGUUAGGUACAAUUUAGAUCCAUUUCAAAAAUACGACGACGACGUCAUUUGGGAGGCCAUCGAACGCACCAACAUGAAAGAGAAAAUCAAAGCGCUGCCCGGUCAACUGGACAGCGCAGUCAUUGAAAAUGGCGAAAACUUUUCAGUUGGAGAGCGACAGCUGCUGUGCAUGGCCAGAGCUCUGUUGCGUCACAGCAAGAUACUCUUGUUGGACGAAGCCACGGCGGCCAUCGACACGCAGACGGACACUUUGGUUCAGAAGACUUUGCGCGAGGCUUUCGAAGAUUGCACCAUUCUGACGAUUGCCCAUCGUCUCAACACGGUCAUCGAGUGCGAUCGAGUCCUGAUCCUCCAGGAUGGCGUCGUGGUCGAGUUCGACAAUCCAUUGGUUCUCCUGGCCGAUUACCGCUCGUCCUUUGCCGGAAUGAUGGCCGCAGCACAAGACCGAAAUCAUUUGUCAGUAUAGUUUAUUCCUUUAGUUUUUUUGGUUAUAUGAAGUUUUGGUGGAUUCACACAAUAAUAAAUAAAAAAAAGUCUCUGAUGACCGACACGGACCGACGCUUUAUCGAGGGCAUUGGGAUGGAAUAAGUUUCCCGACACGUGUGCUGGUGGCGCGAGCGUGAAUGACUCGCGUCCAUUGUAAAGGGGAGAAAGAACCGUUGCGUUUAGUGAUAGACAAAAGUCAGAAGAAACAGUAUUGUGUUGUUGGAAUAAAAGAGCUUCCUCAAUAAUUACACUUCCUCCAAAGUGGUUUUGAGAAUGAGCGAAAUUCCAUGACUAUAAGGUGUAGUAUCUUUUGAGUUGUGACGGUACGCAGUAGACACAUAUUGUACCUGCUGGAAUUUUAUAUUGCUCUAUUGGUUCUACCCGAAGUUAGUUCAGUUCUGUCGAAAUCGGCUACACAACGAAUACUAG